AUGUUAUUUGCUCCAUACUUACUUGCGUUGGCCACGGCGUUGGCAAUCAGAGACGAGUCUCAACCCCUCAAAUUCUCGUUGAACAAGAACACUCGCCCUGAAGUCGUUGAACCCGACAGAACUACUCGGGCGGGUCCUGCGGGCCAAAGAGCCCAGCUCUGGGUCGAUGGAUACUACUAUAUGAUUGACGUUGAGCUUGGUACCAAGGGCCAGAAGUUCUCGGUGGAGAUCGACACUGGCUCGGCCGAUCUCUGGAUCAACAAGCCCGAGAUCCACGACUUGUCGCUGUGGAAGAACUUGUCUGAGCCGUUCUCGAUCGGGUACUACGACCAGACCUCGCUUCAUGGCUGGUUCGGGACGUCGCUGCUCUGGCUCGACAACGGGCUUGAAGUGAAGGACUACCAGUGGGUGGUGGCAGACAACCUUUCGAAGAACCCCAACGGCUUUGCCGGGAUUUUUGGCGUGGGCAGAGUCGAGAACGAGCUGACGAAUAAAAAGUACCCCAACUUCGUCCAGCGGUUGAAGGACGACGGCCAGAUCAAAACUAACGGCUACCUGUACUACCUUAACGCAAAGGACGCUACUUCGGGUGACAUUGUGUUUGGCGGCAUUGAUAAGGCUAAGAUCAACGGCACCGUGGCCACCAUCCCUUUGAACACGGGCACCCCCGACUCUCGCUUUGACAAUAUCCAACUUACCAAGAUCACUGGUUCCGACGGCGAAGUGCUUGGGGAGAACAUCGAAGUCAACUUGGACACUGGCUACACGAUUACGAAGUUACCCAAGGCUAUUGUCGCGCAAAUCCAGAAGAAAGUCCCCAACACGGUGAGAAAAGACGGGCUCAUCUUCGUGCCGUGCAACAUCCCUUCGGACUUGUACUAUCUGUUGUGGUUUAACGAUGUCGAAGUGAGAUUUUCCCUUAACGACUUGGCGAUCAGGGCUCGCGACGAUAAGGGUACCUUGACGGGUUCGUGCAUUUUGGGGGUCCAGCCGACCCCCGAAGGGACCCCGAAUACCUUGGGGGUAUCGUCGUUGACCCACAUGUACGUCACCGUCGACCAUGACAAGAACGUCGCCCUCAUCUCCAACGUCCACCACACCGACGAGGAGAACAUUGUCUUGUUGUGA